AAAUGAUCUUGAUUAUUGUGGUUGGGGCAGUCCUGACGUGUAGUCGUCCUUGAGAAGUCGAUCGCGUUGUUAUCAUUUGGCAGAAUAUGGCGUCGGCGUCGGAGUUACCCUUUUCAAUCAAAAAUGUCACCGAAGAAGAGGACACAGUUCUAAAGAAAUAUUAUAAAGGUUACACGCGUCCAUUCGUCCGGGUGGGUCCACGAGGCUACCUGCUCACUCCAGGAUACGCAGACCACGCAGCAGAUAUAUACAACCUGGAAGUGAGGCCUGAUGAUCGCUGGGUGGUCACUUUCUCCAGAUCGGGCACCACUUGGCUACAGGAACUCGCUUGGCUAGUCGACAACGAUCUAGACUACACCACAGCUGAAAAUGUGCCGCUCUCCAAGAGAUUCGCUUUCAUUGAAUAUCCGACUCAAGCUUCAGACAUAAAAAAGUCCACCCCGAACACAAAAUACAAAGGGCUUCCCACCGAACAUGAUUUCACUGACGUCCACACUCUACCCUCACCUAGAUACUUCAAAACUCACCUCCCAUUCUCUCUUCUACCCCCUAAGCUGCUCGACGCGAAGGUGAUGUACGUAGCGCGCGACGUCAGAGAUGUUGCCGUCUCUUUCUUCUUCAUGCACAAGCUGUUCAGAUACUUUGAUGAUGAUGUCGAGUUUAAGGAGUAUUGGAAACUGUUUAAGAAAGACUUGCUAUUUCACAUGCCUAUAUUCCCACACAUCGAAGAGGCGUGGCGGAAACGUCAUCACCCUAAUGUGCUGUUCACGUUUUAUGAGGAAAUGCAAAAGGACUUGCGAGGCGUAGUAGACAAAGUGUGUAUUUUCCUGGGUAAGGAAUACACAUCUGAACAGAAGGAUGCGUUGGUAAAACACCUCAGCUUUGACAACAUGAACAAGAGUUCUGCUGACACGCAAAAAGGCAAUGAUUCAGAAAUGAAGUUCUUGAGGAAAGGUAAAUCUGGUAACUGGAUAAAUUACUUUGAUGAGCAAAUGACGAAGGAGGCCGAAGAAUACAUCCAGAAACACCUUCAGGAUACGGACUUGCGAUUCCCUGACGCCAGCAGCUAGUUUGAUAAGGGUUUAUGUAAAAUGAGACAUUGAGCAUUACAUUCAGUCCAUACAAUAUGCUAUGCAUCAUACGUGGAACUUUCUUGUAUUUUAAUUUCAUUAAGUAUGUACAGUACAGUCAUGAGCAAUAUAAUGUACCCACUUUAGGACUCUGUCGCACUAACAUAUUUGACAUUUAGUGAGACUUACAGUUCAAUUUGUCAAAAAAGUUAAUGUGACAUGGUACCAAAGUGUAUACAUAUUAAUGCUCGUGACCGUACUGGUACUGAUUCCAGUACUUCCACUGUUAAUUGUAUUUUAAGUUACAGUUACCUGUUAUUUUCUAGGACGGAUAAUCGACAGGCAUAAAAUUUAUGGAACACAGGUCAAUUUCAGGGGGGUUAAAAAUGCCACAUAGAAUCAUCUAAAACAACAAAAUUGCAAUGUGACAUUUGCGCAUAUAAACGUAAAUGCGCAAUGCAAUCAUAAAUAUGUUAAAUAGCAAUACUUAUAUUGAUUUCUUAGAUGAAUUUCUUCAAUGUGGCCUUUUUAACCCCCCGGGCAGAAAUUUAAAAACUCUCCCAUGAUAUUAUACUGGCCAAUAGCCCGACAGAAUUAAGUUGACAGCACUCGUCAAACAGGUUGAAAAUCAGAAGGAAGUCUAUUUUAGUCCCCCCGGUUACUCAUUCAUUUAAAAAUUAACAGUUGUCAAUCAUCCGUCCCUUUCCUUUUGCUGUCCUAAGUGCCCUAACACCUGCACUAUUGAAGACCUGUACGAAGCCACUGACAAUGCCGUAAGCGUGGCCAAUUAUUGGUCAGCAAAAAUUUAGCUUCGAUCGCCAUCGACUCGCAAAGAAGAAGAAGUAUAACUUAAAAUUAGAUGGUGUGUGCUGGAAUCGACACCAUGAUGUAGAUAAUACAACACAGGUAUUUAGCACAACCCGGACACACCGUACAAAAAUCUUAUUCUUACCUUGUGCUGCCUAACUCGUGGGAGGGAGGCAGACAGCCACGCGCGCUCUGUUACCUACCUCCUUAAAUUGGGGGCCCCCAUGGCGUGAGGCAAAUAAAGCAAGCCCCAAACAUAGCAUUGGUACGGUAGACCCAAUCUGUUAGACCACGGACCCUAAAAGAAGUUGACAAAGUUCAAAGAAUACAGUCCGCACGUUUCGAGUACAUGCGUACUUAGAUAGGAAUUAUAUAAACAUGGCAUGAAUCACGGAAGCGGUCUUUAUUGUUGAUUAAAAUUUAUCAUUAGUAUACCAUUUUACUACGCACUUCAUACGCCAGUGAUAAUUUCAAAAUAUAAAGUCAUUGGAAUACAAUUGGAAUUUAGAACGCUUCCGUUAAUCGCAUGAUUUUCUUUCGAAAUUCAAAUAAUGUUAGGUUUAUCUACAGGUUUAUAGAAUCUUUAUUUUCUUAUUCAUGUAACGACUACUACUUACAUCAGUAAAUAGUAACCGGGGCUAACAUGCCUCCCGAAGCACGGGUGUAAGUGACAUCGUAACGAAUACUGAGGGGGAUGAUUCAGCUGAUUAUUCUAAGUUAAUAUCAAGUGGAAUUUUCUACCACAAAAGUAUAGAAUUGAAAAUAAUUUAAAAAAAAACAAUAAAACAUAAUUUUGCAAUGGAAAUUUCCACUAGAUAAUAUUAAUACCUUAAAAAGGCCAAAAUUGUCGUCAGAAGUAUAGAAUUGAAAAUAAUAAAAAAAAAAAAACUAAAAAUCAAUCAUUUACGACGGAAAUUUCCGUUUGAUAACUCAGAAUCAUGGUCUGAAUCAUCCCCCUCAGCAUUCGUUACGAUGUCACUAACACCCUGUAUAUUGUGCAAAAUCAUAAUGAUGUGCAGGUUAAUAAAAAAAAAACUUUAAUCAUUACGAUGUAAAGUGUGUGUGUGUUAGUCAAUGGUCCAUUUAUUCCACGAGUGUUAUUCGCCAACAAUAACCCAACAAUGGCCCCGAUUCCUGCAGACACCGCCUAAUUUUAUUUUAGGUUAUAUCCGUCAUUUUCGUAUCCGUCGAAAAGGAAAGGGACGGAUGAUUCACAGCUCUUAAUUUUAGGAAGAAUGAGUAAAUUAAUGUGUCGGGUUAUUGACUGACGUAAAAUUUUUAGACGGUUGGUUUAGAUUUGUGCUUAAAAUUGACGUGUGUUCCAUAAAUUUUAUGCUUGUCGAUUACCCGGCCCUUUCCUUUUCGGCGGAUAAGAAAAGGACAGAUAUAACUUAAAAUAAAAUUAGAUGGUAUUUACAGGAAUUAGCACCAUUGCAUACAUGUUUUAAGUUUACGCGGUUAUUAUCAUAAUUAAAACACAAAAAACGGGUUCUUACUGCCGGUGUCGAAAUAUCGGGAGUCUCAUAUCCCUACUUUAAACGCGGUAAGAACCCGUUAUUAUGUGUUUAUAGUGAUAGACACCUCUUUGGACCGUCCCCUCAGGGCGACCAGAGGCACCCUGCCCGGGCGUUUCCGCCAGUAGUCAUUACCGCCGCGCAUUUCCUUUAUUUUAUAAUUAUUUAAUGUCAGUGUGUAUAAACUCUUAGAUAACAUUUGCUCUACUUUAUGGUUUGUUUCACCAGAACCUUAGCAAUUAUCUUUUGUCUAUGCGCGUGUGCGCGGCCAUAAUAAUUUUGUCUGUGCUCUGACUCUUUCUCUCUCUGUGUGGUGUUUUGUAUCGGAUGCGUGUGCGCGAAUUUAUUAUUAAAUAAAAAGUGUUUCUCAGAUUGGACUUUUGACUGAUGAACCCAAAUAGACCAAAUGUUUUAAUUAUUGCAUACAUGGUUUAAAAAAAAACACAAAAAGUACUUUAAUCCAUUUAUUUUCAUUGUAAACUCAUACACUUGACCUAUUCAUCAACCGUUUACAAGUUACGUUAUACACGUCAUUACAUCAUGAAAUGAGACUUAAUAUCUAGCAUCUCACUUUCAUUGUACGAAACAUCACAUUUUACUACGUGACUGUAUUCAUUUGUUCUGUUGGGAGACGGAGAAGGGAUGAGUGGAGAAGUGAAGAGAGACAGAGUAUCUUUUCUCUCGCUCAUUCGCUCGCUGUCAUUGGUCGAUUCGUCAGAGGAAUGAACCAUAUUAUAAGCAGAGAAACGCUCUAAUUAGUUGACUGGAGACGUGGAAGUAUUAGAUAACUUUAUCUAUUGCAAUACAUAGAUUAGAAAUUGUGGAAAAGUUUAUUUCAAACCAUAGUCUGCUGUCGCGCAGUCGGCUAAUAGGGUAAGAAAGAGAUAGUCAAUCAAUGACAAUUACAAAAUGUGUUAUUCCGUACCACGCAAGUGAGACAAAAUGCAUAUUUUAAGUUUAACAUUAUACUCGGGCGCACCGUAAUUGACUUGAAAAGCAAAACAAUGCAAAUAGAAAAAUAUAAACAAAAGUUCUCAAGUUAUGUAUAAUUUUAUAACCAAAAAAAUAUAAAUAAACGCACCUGCAGCGAUUUGCGUGACACAAAUGCUUUUAGAAUAAGUAUAACAAACAAAAAAAUAUGGCACGAUUUUUUUUUUCAUCCAUACACACGUCGGCAGUGACUUCACUCUAUUAAAAAUGGAUUUCCCCACACUAUGGUAACUGUAUUAUUUAUAGGUACUUAUUUAUGUAUCUAUUUCGACGUUCUAUAGGAAAAAAAUAAGUAAAUAACGAACGAUGAACAUAAUAAUAUGGGUGUUUAACAUUAAUGACAACAUCUAUUAGCUCAUAGAAAUACAGGGUGUUAGUGAAACUUCAGACCAUGAUUCUGA